AUGGCUCUGCUGGAACUAUUUCUAAUUUUUGUGCUUCAGUUUGAAGACGUGGUUCGUAAAGGGCAGGUUGAGGAGAGCUCAGCCAGAUCCUCCAGACUGAGUGUGUACAGUAACUGCUCAGUGAGCAUCAAGAACAUCACUGCUGAGGAUGCUGGUUAUUACAGUUGUCAGUAUGAGACGGACACUUACGCAGCCAGACUUUCUGAAGUCUUUCUAAAUAUUUUGACUGUUUCAGCAUCUCCAUCACACACUGACUCUCAGAGGGAUGGAAAUGUCACAUUAGAGUGCUCUCUCUUUAGAUUCUAUGACCUCCAUCCUUGUGAACAGAACAGCAUCCGCUGGGUGGAUGAGACAGGAACCGUGCUGCUUAACAGCUUUUCCAACAAGGACUCGAUGAAAUGUGUUUCUCUUCUGACUGUGAAUCAUCAGAGUGGCCACAACAAGAGAUACACCUGCCAGUUUGUUAAGGAGAACAGUGUGAAGAUAGAAGCCCACUACCCACCUGUCCUCAUCGGUAGGACGGAUUCCACAGCUCUGUCUCCUCUGAGCUAUGGCAUGGGGGCUCUUCGUAUUGGUGGGCUGAUCCUAAUGAUUGCAGUCACUGUUCUUCUCAUCAGACACAGAAGAAGGAACAAAACACUUGAAGACACAAACGUUCAUUAUGUUGGUGACCAUGAUGAAGGCACAGUGAACUAUGAAAAUGUAGGAAACAGUUCAGCUGGCCCUGAACUCCACUGA